AUGCAGGGUACCUCUCAUGCAAAUCAACAAGUGACAAGCUUCUUAAACCGGCAAGGCACCAUGGACGAUUACGACUUCAUCCUGCUAGAAGAAGCUAGGAAGCACAGAGUUGUGUGCUCCAAUUCUUCGCUACAACUUAACGAAGAACAGCCAUCUUCAUCAGUAUUUCCCAGUGGAAUGUCCGUGGAAAAUCCAAACAGAAGUGACACCAACGAGAUGCAGAUUCGCGAACAGCUCUUUGACCUGGUCUAUCAGGGAUCGUUAGACCAUCUGAAAACGAAAAUAGACAGUCUUCCCGAUCAGACAUCUUUAGCAAGUAACAUUUUUAGACAUCCAAAAACAAACCAAAAUCUACUUCAAUUUGCACUCGAGAUCAAGAACAGGAACAUAGCCCAAAUGCUUAUUGAGUACAGCAACGUUUUCCUGGAUCAAGAUUAUAACACAUCCAUAGAUACCACGGAAGGCAAACGGAAUUGCUUCCAUCAGAUUAUCGAGGCUAACGAUUUAGAAAUGAUGAAUCAGUUGAUUGAGAUGGUUUCAAGUAAAGAUCUUCUGAUGAAGUGCCUGCUUCAGGAGACACCCGUAGAAGUCCCUGGUCAAAUACCAAGAAGACUGCGGUGUGUACACUUGGCCGCCUUUUAUGGAUACACUGAAAUGACAGAACUGCUACUGAAAUGUGGAGUGAAGGUGAAUCACACCAACGCAAGAAAAGACACUGCAUUACUGUGGGCUGCACAUCAAGGGCACGAAGACACAGUUGUUAUGUUACUUAAACAUGAAGCUGAUGCAAAUUUGGAAAAUGUUGAAGGGUUGACUCCUUUAUAUGUGGCAGUGAGGUGUGGACAUACCAGAAUUGUGGCGCUUUUAACAGAGAGAGGAAAUGCAGACGUCAAUAAAACUAGAAACGUGGGAUUGGUGGCUCCUAUCUCCACAACGUCUGCUUUAGGUCUCAUUGAUAUUGUUAAGCUUCUACUUAAACAGAACGUUAAUCCAAAUGUAUGUGGUAGAGAUGGGAAAAGGCCCAUCCAUCAUGCAGCAUCUGAGGGUUAUCAUGAUAUUGUGCAGAUUCUACUUUCAAAUGACGCACAUAUUGAUGAGACAGAUCAAUACGGAGACACAGCUUUGAUAAUGGCAUCCAAAUGUGAACAUAUUCACGUUCUUCAAACACUGAUACAAAACGACGCCAAUAUAAACCACAAAAACAACGAAGGUGCAGAUGUAUGGACAUUUGCCAUACGCAACGAGAAGGAUGAAAUGUUAAGAGUUUUAAUAAAUACGCUCUUACAGACUAAGGCAAUAAUCUUAGACAAAGUCCAGCAUGUGAUUCGCUUUGGUAAAAUACAGUCUCUGCUUUUUGAAGCAUCAGCCGAAGGAGCAUGCAGCAAGAUUAAACUGCUUUUGCAGAUGAACGUGAAUCCAGCCGCCAGAGAUGAACAGGGAAACACGUUUCUGCAUUAUGCUGCCAUGUACAAUAGGGACGAGGUCGUUAAAAUGUUCUGCGACAAAAUAGGACCAGACGAAAAGAACAAGAGUGGAAACACACCGUUACAUAUAAGCACGUCUAAGGGUCACCCUGAAACGGUUUUUGCCUUGCUUGAAAAGAAUGCAAAGUUUAACAUUAAAAAUAGCCGUGGAGCAAACGUUCUGCAUGUAGCAGCUUGUUCCAAAGACAUCAAAUCGGAGACCGUUGUGAAACUGUUUCAGCAUGCAAAAGAGACAGUCGAUAGUGAAAGCAUAAAUGCAGAAGACAACGAACAAAAUAACCCAUUACAUCUGGCUGCGAAAUUUGCCAAGCCAGAUAUUAUAUGGGAGUUUCGAUAUGUCAGUUUGAAAGGAAAAAACUACAAGGGUAACACACCACUGCACGUUGCUGUUAGGCCUGGAGAACCGGAGGUUCUGGAUAUGAUGCUCAAUAUAUACGAAAAUAUAUGUUCAGAUUCGGUGAUCAAUACCCGAAAUAUUGAAGGAAAAAGUGUUCUUCACUUAGCAGCUCUCGAGGGAUGUACUUAA